AUGGCGUCGGUCGAGCGAGCAAUGGCCAAGGCCGCCGCAGCGCUUCUCCCGGGUCUGCUCCCGACCCCGCCGAGGAGCACGAUCGCACCGUGCCUAUUCAUCAUGCCGUCUUCCUUCGCCGCUGCCAAGCCCAAGCCCGGCCGCGCCGAUUCAUCCGAGAGGUGGGACGCGCACAAGAAGGUCAAGGCACCUGGCAGCACGUCUUCGUCGUCGUGUGGCAGCUCAAGUCCAGGGCGCGCGUCCUCCGUCGAGCGCUGGGACAUCAAGAAGAAGUUCGGGAGGAGCAGCAGCACCAUGUCGUCUUCGUCUUCGUCUUCGUCGAGCCGGGGAAGCAGCGGUAUACCUGGCCGUGCUUUCUUGUGCGACAAGUGGGACAGCAACAAGCGUGCCCCUAGCCGCGCGCCCUCCACCGAUCGCUGCGACAUCCACAAGAAGACUCGUGCAGCAGAGUCCGACGCCGAGAGCCGGACGAGCCAGCAGGAACUGGAAGAAUGGGAGAUCAAUGACGAGCAGCGGCAGGAGGACGAGACGAUGGAUCCCGUGUUCUCUGGAUCGAGCUUCUUCGCCUCGCCGGAGCCGAGCAUGCUUCCCAUGCCGACCUUCUUUCGAUCACGGGGCCCUAGCAUGAUGCCCGUACCAGCAAUGUUGCGGGCGCACUAG